AACAGGACAGGAAAAGUGGGAGGAGGAGGAGGGGAGGGAGGAGGAGGAGGCCGUAAGACGAGAGAGGAGGGAAACGUGUCACCAGCCCGACUCCGGGAGCUCCCGCGCCGCCUCGUUUGUUGACUCGCGCUGGAGAGGACUUGAGGCUGGACCGGACCCGUGGAGGGCAGAGCUGGGAGAGAACGGAGGAGGGACAGCUGGGCAGAGCGCGGUGGCGAGAGCCAUCCAGGUCGCUCUUUUCUCUCGGGUGUCGGCUAAAUUUGUGGUUUUAAGAAAACCUGAGGGCUCUGGGAGAAGCCCUUCCGUGGGCAGUCAGAACCUUCUGGUCCAGAGGAGAAGCCAUCCCCUUACCUGGACUUAUGACCCGCGGCUUUGCUCCCAGCCUGCCUGUCGAGGUCCACAAGAUGGGCUCCUUCCGCAGGCCCAGGCCGCGUUUCAUGAGCUCCCCGGUGCUCAGCGACCUGCCUCGAUUCCAAGCCGCCCGGCAGGCUCUGCAGCUGAGCUCCAACUCAGCCUGGAACAGCGUUCAGACUGCUGUGAUCAACGUCUUCAAAGGUGGAGGCUUGCAAAGCAACGAGCUCUAUGCACUGAACGAAAGCAUCAGGCGGCUGCUGAAGAGUGAACUUGGGUCGUUCAUUACAGACUAUUUCCAGAACCAGCUUCUUGCAAAAGGACUGCUGUUUGUGGAGGAGAAGAUUAAGCUGUGUGAAGGUGAAAAUCGCAUUGAGGUUCUGGCUGAAGUCUGGGACCACUUCUUCACUGAGACUCUCCCCACCCUGCAGGCAAUAUUUUAUCCAGUUCAGAGUGUUCAUGAGCCCACUGGCCCAAGCGAGGGUUAUUUGCAGCUGGAGGAGCUGGUGAAGCAGGUGGUUUCUCCUUUCCUGGGCGUCAGCGAGGACCGAGGCGUGUCAGGCGCAAUGUACACACUGGCCAGGCGCCACUCCAGGGUCCGGCCCAAGGUCACUCUCCUGAGCUAUGCCUCCCCGAUGACCACCAUCAGCCGGCCACUGAACGAGAUGGCCCUGACCCCUCUGACAGAGCAAGAAGGGGAAGCCUACCUAGAGAAAUGUGGCAGUGUCCGGCGGCACACAGUGGCCAAUGCCCACUCAGACAUCCAGCUGCUGGCCAUGGCCACCAUGAUGCACUCAGGCCUAGGCGAGGAGCCUGGCGGAGAGGACAAGUGCCUGCUCCUGCCGCCCAGCUUCUCCCCGCCUCACCGGCAGUGCUCCAGUGAGCCCAGCAUCACCGAUGGCCCUGAUGAGCUGGAGGAGGAGGCAGGGGACGGCCAGGAAGACUCGGAGCUGAACUGUGCUUCCCUCAGCUGAGCGUCCAGCUACCGGACUUCUCAGCUCCUGCCCAGCAACCAGGAUGGGGAUGGCUCCAUCCUGUGGGUCACCAGGGGACUUCCUUUGGGCUGUGCUGCCGUACGUCUUUCCGGAGACUGGCCUAGCCUGAGAGCCCUAGGGGAAGUCCUCUUGUAAACCUGCAUUUUCAUGAGCGUGAUCACCUCUUCACAGCCACAAAGGCCCGGUUGCCUAAUAUUCACUUUCUGACUUUCGGCCUUGCCUGCCUGGCUUGGAUCCUCAUCUCCGGGCUUUUCCCCGUCAGAUAUCGGAGUGUCCAGUGCUCCCAGCCGUUUGUCCCAGUGCCCAUGGCGUUACUGUAGCAGCAGGUUGUCUGAGCCACGCACAAAGCCAGCAUGGGUGUGUUGGCUUUUGGAGUUUCCCUUUAGGUCCGGUGAUGCAGAGGCUUAUGGGUAAAAAGAUACCUCUCCUCCCCUAGUGUGUGUAGAGUGAAAAUAGGCUGCAGCCCCUACCAGGCAUGACUCUGGGAAAGUGCCUUCCUUAUUCUAAUUUCAGAACUACUGGGAAACAGCUGCCCCUCUGGCGGGCGAGUGUCCGUCCUCACCUGUAUCCGGAUCCUACCUACUGCCUUUGACUUUUGGCUUGGGGGGCCACAAGGCUGGAAAAACCCUGUUUUUGAUAAAGCCUCAGCAUUUCCCCCUCACACUUUCCCAGGCUCAAGGAACUAACUCCCCCAGUAGAGUAACUGGUGCCUGCAUCCCUCUCUCAUUUCAGAAACUGUUUUCCUAGCGUGGGUUCAAUGGCCAGCUGAUACCAACUGAUUAGUCUGUUCCUGGAUUUGACUUGAAUUUUUUAAAUGGGCAUCAUUCCUCCCCCCUAAAAAAAAUUGAUUUGCAAGUAUUUGCACGUAGGGUCUUGCACUACUCUUUUCCAAUGUGACGACUUCGUACUAAGAAAUUAACAAACCUUCCAGGAAAGGAGACUGGAAGUGGUUCUGGGUGAAAGUGAUGCGUGGUGGGCAGGGCUCAUAGGCUGCCGUGCUCUGGAAGCAGCUGGAUUUGAAUCCAGGAUGGCCUGUGUUUGUGGGUGUCAUGGUUUACAGGAAAAACCGCCGUGAGGUAAGGAGGUUCUGCUUGCCUCAUGAGCACAGGGCUGUAGCAAAUGGAAUGUCUCAGUGCUUUUCAGUGGGAGGAAAUAGGGGGAAAUGUGGGCAGGACCUUUUGGAGAGAUUUUUGUUCUCUGUGACUAAAGAAGUGCCUGGGAUUUCUAACGCAUGAGGUCUCAGAAUGCUGUGGGGGCGGUAGGCUUUGGUACUGUGCUGUCUCCAGGUCUGGGCUUUUUAUCUACUGCUGUUUUUGUAUUUGCCAGUUAGCCACACUCAUAACAGCUCCAGAUAAAAAAAAGAGAAGCCUCCCUGGACCCUUCUGGCACCCUCUAGGUUUCCUGUUAGUCUCUGGAAACUUUGUUUAUAAAAUCUCAAGAGACGUGAGCCAGCUUAGCUUCCGAAGUGGCAGAAGGUGCUGGCUGGGAGAGGACAAGGACAGUUUAAGCUGUUAGCAGGGGAUGGGACCUGCUAAGCUCAUCUAAGUCUUGACAGCAUUUCCCGUCCGGGCGACGAUCUGAAAUAUGACCAUUCGUGCUUUUGACGGCCUGUAAUUCGGAAAUUGUGUUUAAACAAGUUGUUUCAUGUCCAUCCUUCUAAGAGAGUGAUGGAAGAGAAAUGUCUGGAGACCUGAGAAUUUCAAACGAAAAAUAAUCUCAGUGUAUGUGUUGGAUGAAGUCCACAAAUUGACUAACGUGCAUUCACGAACGGAGCAACAUGAUGAUUUAUUUACCCGAUGGCUUCUGUCCUUCAGUACACUUACUUAGCCCUUGGGACUAGUAUUUAUUGAUCCAGGCAAAAUAAUUAAUCAUGCUUGGGUUUUCUUUUUUAGUUUACAACAUUAACAAUAGAAGCGUUUUAAAAUGACUUUUCCACAUACUAGAUGCCCCUGAUGAGGAGAGCAGUCAUCAGUUAAAUAUGUGAGGUCUUAGAUGGAGAAUGGGGUUUUCAGGCUGAACCAAGGGAACUGAAUUUGCUGGUGACUGUUAAGCAGUUUACAACUUCACCUCUGAAGUACACACCUGAUAUUUCUACAGUGAAUAUUUUUAGAUUGUACACAUACGAAUUUUGUUGGUGUUUAUGGGCAUUUUAGCCAUCAGAGCUAUCGCAAAAAUGAUAGCUGUUGUGUUUUUAACCACUCUUUCUCCCCUUUAUGAGAUGAAGAUUCAUUUUUGUUAUCUAAGCUAGGAUCUUCCUGUGGCUGAGGUUUAAUGACAGGAAGCGAUCAGGACUCUAAACUGAGUGAUCUCACAAACCAAAAACCUUUCAUGUUGUCGGUUUCCAAAACGGAUUCAAUAAACAUCAUUUUGUACACGUUA